AUGCUACCUCUGAUGCGUGUGACGGAGUAUGCUUACGUCACAGUCGGCCCUAGUGGCAAUUUGAAGUCUUGGGAGAGGACUGAUGCCGGGCAGCGGGUCAUACCGAGUGGCAUGGAAAUGACCAUCGAGGACGACGAUGGACUCUACCGCUACCUGUUGUCUAGGGGGGCCGCUGCUGCAAGGCCGCAGCAUACCGACACUACUACAGCAUCGGGAGCUUCUAGUGCGGGAGCGGCUGAUUCGGCAAGUCUGGAGUCGGGAGGCAGAGACGCUUCCAGUGGAGAGCUGCAUGUCUCUUUACGGCCAUCGGGACCCUCUCAAGAAUCGCUACCGAGAGUUCGGUCAGCCUUUUUUGAUGCGUCCAUUACGCUCACGCCGGAUGACUGCGUCGUGUUCGUCAGUAUUCAGCUCCCAGUGCUCGUAUGCAGAAAGGCUGGAGGAGGCUUUGAGGUGUACCCAAGUCGAUAUGUGUCGAUGUCCACUCUCCAUGCUGUUAAGAAUGAGCUCAAUCCGAAUCGCUCCCUCUUUGUUGGCUGGCCGGGUUUGGACUGUCUCUCGAAGGAAGAACAAGAGGAGGUGCGCAAAGUCCUUCUGCCCUAUGACUGUAUACCAGUCUUUUCGAGUGACCCUCAGCCGAAAAGAAGAGCACGGCAUGGAUUCGAAGAAUUCCUCGAUUUCUGUCAAACGUUCCUAUGGCCUACUGUAAAUGACCAAGUGCCUCUGGUGCAUAACUCUGAGGACCUUAUGACGUUCGACAACAAACUGUGGGAAAAGUACCGGAACGCGAAUCAGCGAUAUGUGGAUGUGUUGCUGAAUGCGGAUCUUUUCCCGACGCUGCCCAAUUUUGGAGAAUACGUCUACUGGGUUAACGACUAUCACCUGCUACUGGUGCCUAUGCUCUUGCGUAGGGGCCUUCGUAGGAGCCAGAGAGGCCCCUCCUCGCCGACUUUGAGCCCGGCCGGCAGUAGUAGUAGUAGCGGCUCACCUCCGAAGAAAGCGACGAUUGGUCUUUUUGUGCACACGCCCUUCCCGACAUCAGAGAUAUUCUUGACUUUGCCGGUGCGAACGCAAGUGAUGCAGUCGCUGUUGGCUGCUGAUUUGGUCGGCUUCCAAUUCUUCGACUAUGCGAGGCAUUUCCUCACAGUAGUGAAGAAGUUGGUGGGCCUAGACAUGUCGUAUAGACUGUCCGACGGUUACCUUGCGCUGGACGUGCCGUACAGCUACGUCUCUGGGGCUCCGGCUUCGAGUGCCUCUGCUCAACAGAGACAUCAGGUGUUGGUGACGGUAGGGCAUGCCUCAACUCAGUUCGAGCUGAUUGCCGCCCAGAUGAGGUCGCCGGAGGUGCUAAGGCGCAUCAAGGAACUUAAGGCGAAGUUUGCUGGAAAAACUAUCAUAUGUGGCGUGGAUAGACUGGGACGGCUGUCUGGCAUUCUGUUGAAGCUGAGAACGUUCCGUCAGUUCCUCAAGGUGUACCCAGCGUAUAGGAAUAAAGUGGUCCUAGUGCAGCUGGCGGUGUCGAGGACUACUACAACUCAUACGAGUCCAGAGAAUAGGAUCACUUUGUCGAAGAGGAUAUCAGCGUUGGCAAAGGAGAUCAACGACAGUAUGGGUCCUCAUGUGUUCUUCUACGCUGGUGAUAUCGGAACAGAGGAUCGGCUGGCGACUAUGGCAGUAUCGGAUAUGUUGUUGGACACUAGUCUUAAGGAUGGGCUCAAUUUGGCGCCCUUUGAGUAUCUCUCAGCUCGCUACGCGUUGUCUUUGAAUGUAGACGAAGACCCAACGGCAUCGCCUCGUUGUGUUCUAGACCAGCAGGGAGCGCUGUUGGGGCGGGUGGUCUGCUCGGAGUUCUCGGGCUGUAGUCAAGUGUUGACAGGCAGUCUGAGGGAGUGGUUCGGAUCUGUCCGCAACAUUGGUUUAGCCGCAGAGCAUGGGUACUACUGGAAACUGCCACCUAACACUGAGUGGAAGGCUCUAGCUGGAGAGCUCAUGCGACAGUACGUGUCACGGACGCAAAAUUCGUUUGUGGAGAAUAAGGGAUCUGCAUUGGUAUGGCAGUUUAGGGACACUGAUCCUGAUUUUGGUCUGCAUCAGGCGAAGAAUUUAUACUCGUCUCUUGAGGAGUAUCUGAAGGGCUAUGACGUUGAGGUUACCAUGGGAAAAGGCUAUGUUGAGGCUAAGCUCAGAGGAGUGAAUAAAGGUUUGGCGGUCCAGACCAUAUUAGCCGAAUUAGCGACUUCUGGAAAUGGUCAAUCGCCAGACUUCGUUAUGUGUAUUGGAGAUGAUCGCAGUGAUGAGUAUAUGUUUGAGGCAUUGAAUUCUAUGUCGAUGUCUCUGACUGCACAUCCGGACUCGUUAGACCAUGCGCAGUUCGUUCCUGGUGUUGGUAUAGUUCGUUCGAGUGGAGUUGAGCGGGAGUCUUCUUCUGAGGAGGAGUCGGGGCCACAACGGACUAAGAGUACCCCAGCUACCGGCCCAGUCUCGGCUGAGAACACCUUCACUCAGCGUAUGUGGUUGAGAUAUUCUUCCCGAGCGACUAGGGCUAGUCGGGCGUCGGACCCGUCGUCGGGAGUAGUCGGCCAGGGGAGAAUGAUGAAGAAAAAGAAGUCGCCGAGCAGAUUGUCGAAGAAUAAAGAGGUGUAUUGCAAAUACACUGCUCAGUGCAGGUCUCCGAUGCGCCGUGCGUUGGAUCUAAAUGGUCUCGAUGUGUCAGUUUUGAGCCAGCACAGCACUAAUCGCGGUGGGGAUCUUUCAAGUCUGACGCAGGCCACCAACGACUUGAUUGAUGAUUGCCACCCGAGGGACAGCAAAGCAUCGAACGGGCCUCAUCAGACGGCCCCACUGCAGUUAAUAAUGUAUGCUAUAAAACUGUUCAGAAGAGGAGUGAUCUCGAAGGACCAGGCUACGCUCGUCCAGGAUUUCUGUCUGGAUCCUACGGUCAAUCGUGAACAGUGUGACACUAUGAGAGCCACGAUAGAGAUGUCCGUGGACGAGGACGUGACGCGUUGUUGUUUUUUGGACCGUCAGUUGGCCAUGGAAAUGUGGGUGACAAACUUGGAGAAAGCAGAGGCACGUAGAAUGUUAAGGACGAAGGAGUUCAGUGACCAUAGGCCGCAUCUACCAGAACUCAGCACGGUGAAUCUGACUAGUGUUCCGGGCUCAUCAGGUGUGUUCCAUCACGUUGGAGGUCAGCAUUUCGGCAACUACUUUGCUACCGGCAUGCCGGGCUCAUACCGGCCAAUGCACUGUGCGUCUCCCGCACCAGCCAGCCCACAGGCCCUCUUCAGUGGCUCCCAGAGUGCCCUACAGCAACUUCCUUCGCUCGGCAUGUUUGCUCCGCUCUCCAUUCUGGUGGUAUUGGCCUCCGUGGACGGUCUCCGAUCUCUUCAAGAUUGCUCAUACGGGACUAGUUACUGUCAACAGAUGUAUGAUAUGUACAAGGACCCCUCCUACAUCAGCGGCGCGGAAGCUCAAGAGGCCAAAGGAACCUACUGCAAAGAUUGGCAGUUUGUCGGCAACGAGCUCGGCAGUGUUUGCUAUGGUCUAGCGUGGACCAAUGGGUUGGACUCUUCUAUCUGCUACCAUAGUAAGAUGUGA